CUACGACGCGAUCAUGUCUGGGACGUUCUAUGGCGCCGCGCUGGCACCACGGAGGGGACGGGAGGGGAACAACGAAGACAGGUCAAGGGGGGCUGGGAACUCCCCCUCCCGCAGGCCAGAAGCUGGCCCCGGGCACGAACGGGACCGUCGCUCAGUGGAUGCUCCGUGGACGGCGGCGGCGGGAAGCCCAGCCGCAGGCCCGGCGGAAUGGCGACUGCCUCGCUGGUGGUGCUGCGCGCCGCACGGAGAAUCUGGGGACCCAGUCCCAACCAGAACGCGCCAAAGGGCAGAUAGAUGAAGAGAGCAAAUCAAAAAGGAGGGCAAUUGGAGGGAGGGAGCGAGGGAGGGAGGAGGAGGAGGAGGAGGCGCAGUAGAAGCAGAAAUAUGAUGCGAAGUGCUGGCGGCUGGACACGGCGCACGUCGGGAGGUGGCGGAGGGCGGUCAAUUGCCGAGCCUGCUCGCGCCCCCCACCGGCAGGGCGCCGUCGAGAGCGCGGGCGACCCGCGGCCGUGAAUUUGCAAUUCGGUUAAAAACUACACCGCGCAGGCGCAGUGGCCCGGGCAAGCGUGCUGGACCAAGUCCGGCCCGCCCAGAAAGUCGCCAGGCCAUGCCGACCACCUGGAGGCCCCCGGAUGUCCCCCAGCGAGCCCUGGCAGGGCUGAGAAGCAGCCAGCGCGAAACUGAAAUCGCUCGUUCCCUUCGGAGGCCGCUGGGCCAGUGCUUCGCGUAGGGGAUCGACUACAUAAUUAAUCUACCCC